UCCCAAAAGUGUGACACCGGCUACAGCUGUCAAGCUACUUUUUCGCUGGAUCUUGUUUUGUUGACAAAAACAGGACAAAUAAGGCAGUUUAGCAGCUAAAAUUUUUAGUGAAGCCUACAAAGGAUCAUUGGAAAUAUACUGUAUAGUUCACAGGAACGGAAAUGUCUCACACAAUUUUGUUGGUGCAGCCGGGGGCGCGUCCGGAGACUCGCACCUACAGCGACUACGAGAGCGUCAACGAAUGUAUGGAAGGAGUUUGCAAGAUCUACGAGGAACACCUCAAGCGCAGGAAUCCCAAUUCACCCACAAUCACCUACGAUAUUAGCCAAUUGUUUGAUUUCGUCGAUCAACUCACAGAUUUAAGUUGUCUAGUGUAUCAAAAAUCCACAAACACCUACGCUCCGUACAACAAAGAAUGGAUCAAGGAGAAAAUUUACGUGCUGCUGCGUCAAGCAGCCGGGAAUACGGACUGAAUUUGUUUCCCGGACGUUUCCGCCGACUAAGUUUCUGCCCAUUUUUCACGUGAGUGCUGGAGCUAUUUGUUUUUUUUUUUAUAAAGAUUUCACUCAUAUAAAGGCAAUUUUAUUUGAUACAGCAUUUAAAAUUGCGCACUCACAAAAAAAAAAUUAAAAUUGGUGGAACAAUUGUGAAAAACUAAACACCAAUUAUUUGGUGCAUUCAUUUUCAUUCAUUCAAAAAAAGCGAAAAUAUUUCAAUAUUUGUACGAUGAGAAUUUUCAUGCGAAAUAAAAACCCUGAUAAGUUUAAUGUAA